UGUAACGAAAAUUUUCUCUUCUUAUUUACUAAUUUAAUUAUUGAAUUUUAAGAGAAACAGUCCUUACUGAACAAAAACAUAAUUAUGUCGUCUAGUCGAUCUAAAACAUCUUUCAUAGACAAACCUUUAAGUAAAGGGAAAGGAGAAAUAUCGUUAGCUCUAUACGCCCUUUUAUUUUCAGAAAUUGUACAAUAUUGUCAAAACCGUUCGCAUUCAAUUCACGAACUCCAGACCAAAUUAUCAGAAAUUGGCCAAGAUGUAGGAACUCGUUUGUUAGACCUGUACUUUGUGAGAGAGCGGAACAGCAAGCGGGAAAUAAAGUUGUUAAAUAUGCUUCUUUUUGUCAAGUCUACAUUGUGGAAGGUAUUAUUUGGCAAAGAAGCUGACAAACUUGAACAUGCCAAUGAUGAUGAAAGAACAUACUACAUUAUUGAGAAAGAUGCACUAGUUAACAAAUUUAUAAGUGUGCCUAAAGACAAAGGUUCUCUCAACUGUGCCACAUUCAAUGCUGGUAUCAUAGAAGCUGUCCUUACUAAAAGUGGUUUUCCUGCUAAGGUGACAGCGCACUGGCACAAAGGUACAACAUACAUGGUUAAGUUUGAUGAUUCUGUAAUAGCCAGGGACAAAUCUCUGGAUGACCGAUAAACUAUUAAUUUUAAGUGCAUCUAGUGUUAUAUUCUCUGCAAAAUAAAAAGAUUACCUUGU